ACCUCUCUCCCUCUCUCUCUCUUCGAUAUUAAAAUAAAUAAAAAUGAAUGAAAGAGACAAUGGGGGGAAGAAAGGAGGGGGAGGGGGUAGGUGUGAGAUUGACCGAACCACCUCCCCGGCGCACACACCAUACCCUCCCUCUCUAAUAUUCCUACUCCUUUCCUCCCACCUAAUAUAUAAACCCUCCCUCCCCUUUCGUUUUUCUCAGCUUGACGUUCCCUUCCAAAGAGAACACCAAGCUAAAACCCCCCCCCUCUAUCUCUCCCUUUUCUCUCUCUCCAAUUUUUUUUUAAAUUUUUUAUUUUCUAUAAUACCCCUCCUGUUCUUUAUCAGAAAAAAAAUGCAGACUCUCUCUCCGCUACCUACCACCAAUCCACUCAACUCCCUCAUCCCCCCGAGUCCACACGCUCCCACCCACCGAGUCCCUCACCCUCGACUCGCCGUCCAAUGCGUCUCCCGCUCUGACUCCACCUACCCCUCCUCCUCCUCCUCCUCCGCCACAGCCAACGGCGUCGGCGCGCCCGCUCCUGGAACUGGUUUCGGAUCGAGCAGAACGGACUGGCAGAGCUCCUGCGCCAUCCUCGCCAGCAAGGUCUUCUCUCAGCAGAAGGACGCCGGCAAGGCCGGCGGCACCGAUCUCACCGCCGUCAACGGCCACAAGACCCUAGAUCUAGUUCCGAUCGAGAACCUCCCCAAGCCUCUCACCAUCACUGACCUGUCCCCGGCGCCGAUGCACGGCGCCCGGCUACGCGUCGCCUACCAGGGCGUCCCCGGCGCCUACAGCGAGGCCGCGGCCGGCAAGGCCUACCCUGACUCCGAGGCAAUUCCGUGCGACCAGUUCGAGGUCGCCUUCCAGGCCGUCGAGCUCUGGAUCGCCGACCGCGCCGUCCUCCCCGUGGAGAACUCUCUCGGCGGCAGCAUCCACCGGAACUACGACCUCCUCCUUCGCCACCGCCUCCACAUCGUCGGGGAGGUCCAGCUCCCGGUUCAUCACUGCCUCCUCGCCCUCCCUGGAGUACGGAAAGAUUACCUAACCCGAGUCAUUAGCCAUCCCCAAGCCCUAGCCCAGUGCGAGCACACUCUCACCAAGCUCGGCCUCAGCACCAACGUUGCGCGCGAAGCGGUGGACGACACCGCCGGCGCGGCCGAGUUUGUCGCGGCGAAGGAUCUCCGCGACACAGCGGCAAUAGCAAGCGCGCGUGCUGCGGACCUUUACGGGCUCCAGAUCCUGGCGGACGGGAUUCAGGACGACUCGGGGAACGUGACUCGAUUCGUGAUGCUGGCCCGCGAGCCGAUCAUCCCGAGGACGGACCGGCCUUUCAAGACCAGCAUUGUGUUCGCGCACGACAAGGGGACGUCCGUGCUGUUCAAGGUGCUGUCAGCGUUCGCUUUCAGGAACAUCAGCCUGACGAAGAUCGAGAGCCGGCCGCACCGGAACCGGCCGAUCCGGCUGGUGGACGACGCGAAUGUGGGGACGGCGAAGCACUUCGAGUACAUGUUCUACAUCGACUUCGAGGCAUCAAUGGCGGAGGUGAGGGCACAGAACGCGUUGGCGGAGGUUCAGGAGUUCACCUCCUUCUUGAGGGUGCUGGGGAGCUACCCCAUGGACAUGACGCCUUGGUGCCCCUCUCGGGAAGAUUAGCAGAGACCCCGGAACCUAAUGUUUUUAUUUUAUUUUUCUUAAAUUUUAAAAAAAUCAAAAAUGGAAUUUAAAAUCUCUCUUUGUUUCUUUUAUAAGUUUAUUUUCUUUGUUUUAAUUAUUACUUUUUUUUUUUUGUGGGAAUUUUUUAUUCAUCCAGGGAUCAACCAACGAGCAAAUCGUUGGGUAAAUAUUGUAGUUUGCUGUCCGUCAAAAUUGUGGUAAUGACGCCUAAGAAUGUGAAUAUCAUUCCCACCCAA